AUGGCUCGGCCUAGAUCAAGAAAACAAAAGCACUCCGAUGACCAUCUUGCGGGUUCAUCCAUGGCAGCUACCCCCACGGGACCCUCAUCCACCUCGGCUGCAGCAAAGCCCUCUCAAGACCCGGCUUUAGAACCCGGAUCAAAGUUAGUCUACUCAAAAGAUGGAACCAAAGUUCUUGCUGUCAAGCGUACAGGUAAACAGCAGCAACAGCAGUCUCAACAGCAGACUCAACAACCCUUACAACAUGUACAUCAGCAAGCACAACAGCAGCAUGCCCACCUCCAUCUCCAUAACCAACAGCAUCACCAUCUUCACCAUCACCACCACACCCAUCAUCAUGGCCAUCACGCUCAUACCUCCGCUCAUGGCCGCUCACACUCUCCGACAUCCUCUUCGGCCCCUUCUUUAUCCUCCUCCCCUGACGUUUCGGCACUUGGCGUUCAGCAGGGUCUCUCGUUUACCCCCUACUUUUCCGACGAGGAGGAAGAUAUUCAAUUUGUUGCUGGUGAAACUGUAAAUUUUGAAUAUGUCGACCCUAGACCUGUAUCUAGGAAUGCCACAUCUUCUUUUUCUGCAGGUUUUAAGUACUCUCCAAGUCGUUCAGCGUCGCCAUCUACCGCCAGUGCGGCACAAACAGCUUCUGUCACAGCCACUAGUGGUGGAGCUGCUACAAAGCCUGUAGCAAAUUCUCAACAACAACAACAACAGCAGCAGCAGCAGCAACAACAAUCACAGCCUCCAAACAAUAAGCCGGCUAAUAAAUAUGUUCAAACCCUUAUUUUAGAACAAAAAGCAGCCAUUGAAGAAAUUAUUAACGCCGAAAAGUCCCGUGGUGUACCUACCAUCCCUUUACCGCCUCCGCCGAUCCCAUCGUUUUCCACUGAAAAAUUAACUUUCCAGGAAUUUCUUCAAUCAAAGGAGGUUGCUAAGAUUCACGAUACCGCCAAGAAGUUUGCUCAGCUUCGUCUUCAACAGCUCCAAAAUGAAAACUCUCUUUCCGAAGAGCAGCGUGCUCAAGUCGAGUGCUUUCUGGAACAUCAACAUCUGCUUCCUAUAUCAACAUCAUCAUCCCUCUCUCUUGACCAACUGCAGCUAGCAAACGAGCAAUAUGCUGCCAAUGUUAACGCCAUUAGCUCUCUUGCAACCGUCGCUGCAGCCGCUGCUUUGCAUCAGUUUAAGACUAAAGAUGUCCUGGAUCUUCUUAACGAUUCCCCUGAGGCCAACAAGGUGGCAAAUGGAUCUGCUCAAAGAGAUGCAUGUCAAGAUUUGAACAGUGACGGGUCUUACCCAAAUGGCACUCAACAACAACAGCAACUUCAACUUCAACAGCAGUUUCAGCAACAGCAGUUGCAAAUGCAGCAACAACUCCAGCAACAACAACUUCAGCAACAAAAGUACCAGCAGCAGUAUCAGCAGCAGCAGUAUCAACAGCAACAGCUUCAUUUACAGCAGCAGCAGCUUCACUUACAACAGCAGCAACAACAACAGUCUUCUUCAACUGGUUCUAAACGUUUUGAAAGUGACAAAAUUUGGGAUACAAGCUCUGCUGAAGAAAAAGAACGUGUUCGUCAAUUUUGGAAAAGUUUAUCUUACGAAGAACGCCGCGAACUUGUCAAAAUCCCCAAGCAAACUGUCAUGCAAGAAAUGCGCGAACAAAAGAGAAAAGAUUGCAACUGCCACAUGUGUGGGAAAAAACGCCUUGCUAUUGAAGAACUGGAAUCCCUUUAUGAUGCUUAUAAUGAGAUUGAACAAUACUCCGGCGUACGAAAUCGCAUUGAAGAAGUUGACGAAGAAGGGGAUAGCGCCGGCGACUAUGAUGACCGCAGUCCAGAGAAGGACAUGUUUAACUUUGGUAACACUCUUAGCAUACAAGGCGGCAUUUUAACGGUUGCUGACGAUUUGUUGAAAAAUGACGGCAAAAAGUUUAUCGACAUGAUGGCUCAUCUCAAAGAACAACAACAGCGAACAGAACGGGACAACCUUGAUUCCAUGACUGAAUACCCACCCAGCCAAGACGAAGAUGAUAUUGGAGAGUUUACUGACGAUGAUGGUAAAUAUGAAGAUGAUCUUGAAGAUUACGAAGAAGGUGCUUGCGACGAAGAAUAUGAAGACGGCACCGACACGGAAGAAGCUCGAUGGGCUGAAAGCAAACAACUUCUUCAAGAGUUUGCUAUCAAAAUUGUCGAGCAGCGAUUGAUGAAUGCAUAUCGUGAAAAAGUUGCCAAGGAACGUCAAGAGAAGCUUCUUGAAGAACUUGCUGAGGAAGAGCGAGUUAAUGAGGAGCGUGAAGCUAAAAAGGUGCGCGACAAGGAGAGAAAGAAAGAACGCAAGAAACAGCAACGUCAAGCCAAAGAAGAAGAACGAAUGCGAAAGGAAGCCGAGUUAGAACGUGAGAUGGCUCUUGCUAAGGAGCAACAACGUCAAAAAGCUGAAGAACUUCGUAAGAAAAAGGCGGAUCAAAAACUUAAAAAAGAAGCUGAGCGGAAGCGUAUUGAAGAAGAGCGCCAACGCAAAAUUGAAGAAGAACGGCGAAAAGAACAAGAGAAGAAGGAACAAGAAGAACGUGAGCGGCAGGAACGUGAGGAAAGGCUGCUCAAGGAGAAGAAAAAACGCGAAGAGCAACUACUAAAGGAAAAGCAGGAACGCGAAGCUAAAGAAAAGGCUGAGCGUGAAGCAAAGGAGAAGGUUGAAAAGGAACGCUUGGAACGUGAACGUCUUGAAAAAGAAGAACAUGAACGUUUGGAGAAGAAGCAGCGUGAAGAACGUGAACGCGAGCUUCGUGAACAAGAAGAACGUGCUGCCCGUCUCAAGCAAGAACAUCAGCAACAACUUUUGCAAAGUCUUAAACAGCACGCUGAGGAGCUUGGUGCACCCACUGCUGUCACAGUUGCAGCAACUUCUCCUCCUAUUGCCACUGCUGGUUCUAUCGACUUGUCUGCUAGACAUGGUUCUGUUCCUUCUCCUGGGACUUUUGGCCCUCCAAUGCAAUACGCACAGUAUCCUCAACAGCAAAUACCCAUUCCUGAAACUGGCUUCUUUCCUAUCCAACAGCAACAGCAACCACCUCAACCACAACCCCAACCCGACAUUUCUCAGUAUCCUCAAGUUGCUCCUGCGGGUUGGGCUGCUGGUGUGAUGCCUUCUCCUCAAAGUUUUGCUGGCAACAUGUAUUACGGCAACCCUCUUUCUCCUGUUUUACAGACAAACUCCAUCAUGGGUGCUCCUCCUGUGGCUAUGGGUGCAGCCCCUCAUUCUUCGACAUCUCCUAAUGGUGUUCUUCCAACGGUCCCAUCGCCAGGUCUCAACAAUGUCAACAUCCAGCAACAAUCUUUAUCUGCCAGUGCUAUUGUUGAAGGCGUUUCUUCUUACACUCCCAUCCAGAGACCCCACAGCAACAGCAGCAGUAACAUUGGCCGAAUUGUCCCCAACCGAAGUUUUAACAAUGUUGAAAGCUUGACCCCAAGAUUCAAUAGCGAGCCAAACACCGCGGUUGUCGGAUUAAAUACAUCUGCCAUUUCCGAAUCUCCAGUUGCUCGUUCCUUUAUUGGCACACCCCAGCCUCGCAGCAGAACUUCCUCAUUGUUUGCCACCAAUCCCUCUGGUGGAUUUUUUGGUGACACUGCUAACAGUUCCAGCAAUUCGUCUGCCAUUGAAAGCGGAUGGAGCUUGACAGGUACGCAGCCCGUGAAACCCGUAUCGAGACGCGGUAGCAUGUGGUCUACGCCUGUUAAUGGAACUUCGCUCUGGGGAACAAACGACCAACCAACUUCUGUGUCGCCUCCCUUAAAUGCUAACACAAGUACUGCGCUUCCAAGCAGCUUGCUUGACAAGCGGCCUGAGACGUCUGCGGUGUCUUCAAGUUUUAUUAUUCAGGCUGCUAUUACUGCUUACCAAGAACACGCCCGUGCGUACACUAAUCUUUCUGACGGAAAGGUCAGUGCUCAGCUUCUUUAUAUGGCUGCAAUCAACCACAUUCCCGGACCCCGUAUCAACCUUCAAGAAUUUUUCAAUGCUUGUGAAAAGCCUGAUGAUUCUGGUAUUAUUCACUUUGAAUUAAUUCGCAAUCAUCUAGGUCUUGUUACCCACAUUCGCCAUCGACCUCAUCAAACUUCAUCUACGUCAAUUUCUACUGGUGGGCCUUCAAUUCCGCAACAAGUGCAACCCCAGCCCCAGCAAUCCCAGCCUCAGGCCCAGCAAGCUCAGCAACAAACAUCUACCAUUUCUCCAUCACCAAUGGGACAAAUGUAUGGACCAAUGAUUGGCACUGCAAAUGGCCUUCCUCCCCAACAAGCUCUACAGCAAGGCUUCAUGGUGGAUCAGCACCAUCUCCUUCUCCAGCAACAACACCACCAUUAUAUGGGCUCUGGCAGUCUCACAGGAUCGGUGCUGACUAAUGGUAACGGACCUACUGCCAACAUUGGGGCAUCCGCUGCUGCUGGCUUUACAAAUACUGCUGCGGUGGGAACUGCCGGUAACUCCUUGGGUCUUGGUGGCCUUAAGUAUGAAUUUUAA